AUGAGGAAUGUGACGGCGCGCAGCCCAUCUGCGGACAGUGUGCGGACUUCGGCGCCUUUGUUGCCUGCGACUACAGCAGCCGUGCAGCUGGUCCUAGUCCCAAAUCUUCGAAUCUUCUCCAGAAGGGCGCGGCGUGUCUUCCUUGCAGGCGAGUACCCAGACGAGGACCCGAACUCGAGAAAGAAAAAGAAAUGUGAUGCAAAGAGACCGACAUGCUCGACGUGCAAAGCCGCAAACAAGCAUUCUCAGUGUCUAUACGAAGACGACGCACAGCGCAACCUAAUACAAUCACUCGUAGCCCGUACGAGAGAGCUCGAAGAGCGCCUGGCCUCAGCAGAGCAGUCCCCCCGCAAUUCCCCGCCCCUUCAGGGCUACUCGGCGCCCACACCCGAAGGUUUGCCCAUACAUCUCCCCACCAGUUUUCCGGAGAAUCCCUACGCCGGCCUCUUCCCAGCCUGGAAGCCUCCUGUACUCGAGGUACUAAGCUCUAAUCCCCCUGAGCUCUCUCCGCGCAAUACGCUCGAGCAAUACCGCGACUUCCGCCUCCUUGCUCUCUCCUACAGCUCCCACUACGGCAUGAAACUCUCUUCGGAGGCCAAAGAUGCGCUUGUCACUGGCGACUUCUACAGCCCCUACAUCCAUCCUGCCCUCAUCCACGCCGCGCAGCUCCUUGGGUGCACGACCUGGUCCCAGCUCAACCGCACGACGCCCAUGGGGACGGUCGAGACGUUAGAGCUCGAGGCGACGCUGGCACUGCUCACGAGCGACACCCAACCACUUGUCGCGCUCCAAGUUCAUAACUGCCUUGGUGUCUAUUACUUCAUCCGGCAUAUGUUCUCUGAGGGUGUUGAGUCCAUCAGGAUGGCAUCUGACCUUGUGCGUCGACGCAACCUCCGCUUCAUUGCGCCCGCGACCGAUGUCUGGGACCCAAUGCUGGAGCUUUCGCGUGAAUCCGAAGAGACCGUAUGUGCGCUGAGUCACCUGCUGUACAUGAACAUCGCCCGCUUCGUGGUGCUGGGUAUGCCUUCGGAACUAGGCCCUGAGUACGAGCAGGAGUUCCAGUCGAUUCCGCUAAUGUACCCGCAACUAUCUCGAACAUACCUCUCCAUUCUCCGGGCACGUGGAAUCCUCCUAUUUCACCGUACCCGUCAGCUCUCCGCUCAGCUUCAGAAUCUCCCAGAGUCCCCAUGGGAGCACCAGUCCUCUGGUGGCCUAAGAGCAAGCGGAGAGUCUACUUGGCUCGCCGAGUACUGGUCGCUCCUCGAGGAGGUCGAGAUGAACCUUGCUAGCGUGAAUCCUGCGCUACUCAAGGCGUCUCUGAACCCCGACCUCCGCUCGUCGGCGCACGGGCUCAAGAUAUGCUUGAUCGUCACGCUCACCGCGGAGGCAGAACUCCACCAUCUAGCCCCGGAGACACAUGCGGAGUCUCGUCAACAUUGCUUGAACGCUGUGCUCAAACUUGUUGGAGUCGGGAAGACGUUUUCGGCGGAGGACUACGAGUUGCUGGACCCUGUCCUUGGCUUGUGCUGGUUGACCGCCGCGAAGAUCUUAUUUGAGGAGAGUCGUCGGUCAAUGGACGAGCUCUCCGCGAUGAAUUGGGCGACCGCGCGCUCAGUGCUGGCGGCUUGCGCGCCCGUGCUCGCCCAAGCCUUACCAUUGCUAGAACAACCGCUGAACCAGAUUAUCGGGAGGGCAGCUAGCUUUUCAUUACACGGAUAA